AUGGCAGGUGCAACCAAGGUUAAGAAGACUCCGGCUAAGAAGCCUGGAAAGAAGGGACAAGUCCGAAAGACGCCCACCUUGAAACAAAAGUUACAAAAAGAGUCCAAAGUUGUCAAGGUUGACAACUUGAAAUGGAAGAAAGUUGACAUCCCAGACACUUUAGAUGAUUUUGAAGGGUUCUAUGGGUUGGAAGAGAUUGAUGGGGUUGAUGUGAAGGUUGAAGGGGGCCAAGUUCAAUUUCUUGUGAAGGGAGAAGACGAGGAAGAAGAAGGAGAGGAAGGAGAUGAGGAAGACGAAGAAGAAGACCAAGAUAUGGAGUAUUUUGCUGGGUUUGAUGAUGAUGAGGAACCAUCUACCGACAGUCCAUCCACUGACAAACCAUCCACUGAAAAAUCUAAAGAUAAGAAGGAAAAAAAUAAGAAGGAAAAGAAGGAAAAGGCUAAGAAGACCACUGUAGAAACUACCGAGUCCAACACGUUUGCAGCUCUCCCAGAUGUCUCAGAGACUAUCGACGCAGACUUGCCGCUUUGGAACGUCAACGACAUGUCGUUAUCCUCAUACACCAUCAACGGAUUGGCCGCAUUGGGCUUUGAGAAGCCAACCCCAAUUCAAAAAUCUACAAUUCCCUUGGCGCUUGAACAGGGCAAAGAUGUCAUUGGUAAGGCGUCCACCGGGUCCGGUAAGACCUUGGCGUAUGGUAUCCCGAUCUUAGAAACAUACUUGAACAACUUGGCUGCCAUAGAACUCAAUAGACUGAAGAAAAUCGUCAAUGCCCCCACUGGGAUCAUUUUCGCCCCUACAAGAGAAUUGGCCCAUCAAGUUGUCGAACAUUUGAACAAGUUAGCUGCCCAUUCUCCACUCUCACAACACGGGAUCGUCAGUGUCACCGGUGGGCUUUCCAUCCAGAAACAAGAAAGAUUGUUGGGCCACGGUCCAGGGGUCAUUGUUGCCACCCCUGGUAGAUUCCUCGAAUUGUUACAAAAGGACGAAGAGUUGAUCAAGAGAUUGUCUUGCACCGAGUACAUUGUGUUGGAUGAAGCCGAUAGACUUUUACAAGAUGGCCAUUUCGAAGAGUUUGAAAAAAUUUUGGAACUUUUCCAUAAGAACAGACCAAAGCGUGAAGGGAAGCCAUGGAAGUGGCAAACACUCGUUUUCAGUGCCACGUUUGCCAGAGACUUGUUCUACAAGUUGGACAAGCAGUACACCAAGAGGAAGGAGGAAAAGGAGACCACCAGAGAAGAGGAAAAUGCCGCCGUAAUCAACCUUUUGAACGAGAAGCUUAGGUUCAAGGACCUGAAGCCUGCGUUUGUAGAUGCCAACCCUAACGACAAGGUGUCGAAUCAAAUUUCUGAGGCUCUUGUAGAGUGUGGACCCACCGAAAGAGACUUGUACUUGUACUACUUCUUGUUGAUGUAUCCCGGUACCACACUUGUAUUCACCAACUCCAUUGACUCUGUCAAGAGAUUGGUUCCCAUGUUGAACAACCUCAAGAUUCCUGCGUUCUCUAUCCAUUCGUCGAUGAUCCAAAAGCAGAGAUUGAGGGCCAUUGAAAGAUUCACCGAGUCGGCACAGAAAAACAAGACAUCCGUUUUGAUUGCCUCGGACAUCGCUGCAAGAGGUUUGGAUAUCCCCAACAUUGACCACGUUGCUCAUUACCAUUUGCCUCGUUCUGCUGAUGUUUACAUCCAUAGAUCCGGUAGAACUGCCAGAGCUGGGAAGGAAGGUGUUUCUGUGAUGUUUUGCUCACCACAAGAGUCCUCAGGGCCCUUGAGAAAGCUCCGUAAGACUAUUGCUGACUCGAAAAAGAAUAACAACAAAUUCAACACCCAUCAAAAUGUUAAGCUCUUACCGAUAGAAAUGGAUCUUAUCACUCAGAUCAAGCCUAGAGUUGCCAUUGCAUCCAAGUUGGCUGAUUCUGAGAUUUCCUCAACCUCUACCAGAAAGGAGAACGCAUGGGUAACACAGGCCGCGGAAGAUUUGGGAUUGGACGACUUGGACGAAGUCAAUGAAGCGUUUGAUGACGAUAUCCUCAAGAGAAUGAGAAAGAGAAAGGAGAAUAAGUUGCUUGAUAAGGACGAAAUGAAGGGGAUGAGAUACGAAUUGAAACAACUCUUGGAUCAAAAGCUUCGUAAAAACGCUAGAAGAUCCUACAUUACCAGUGGGUUGGAGAACUUGGCCCAUCAAAUGGUGUCUGGGAACAUGCACAGUGAGGUUUUGGGUCAACUGAAGAUGAAUGCCUUGGACGAUAUCAGAUCCAAGAAGGCUGGGACCAAGAAGGUGAUGAAGAAGAAGCAACCACCAGCCAAGGUCACCAAGCCAGAAAAGAAGAAGAAUGACAAGAAGGACAAGAGAGGUAAUAAGAAGCAGUAG